AUGUCGCGGCACCGCAUGAAGAACGUGAACUACGAUGAUGAAGACUUCGACGACGGAUACGACUCUCCGGACCCGGAAGAGCAGGAGAUCCUCGAGCAAUGCACGGCGGAGGUGCUGGCGCAGUUGAUCUCCGGGGAGCCCUCUGUGACGGCGACUCGGGACGAAGUCCAGGAGGCGCUGUGGCAUUACUACAACGAUGUAGAGAAAUCGGUCAAUUAUCUACGAGGCAAGAAAGCGAAAGAGAUUCAAAAGAAGCAGAAUACUCCUGCUCCUGCUCCUGCUACGGCAGCGAAGGCGAAAGUGCCGGCAUAUCCUCUUCCUCCUACAACGGCGCCGUUGUCGUCCCACUUUUCAGCUAGGGACUUCUUUCGUGACUCACCAUGGCUGAAUGUCCCUGCGCACCGCAAGGCUGAGAUUCUCAUCGAGCCGCUCUAUCCUCGGCUUGGGUUGCUCGGCGGCGCUCCUGAGAGCAGUGGGAAGAUGUCGAAGUUGGCUGCUCUGGCUGCUGCGCGCAAGAAGAAAGAGGGUGACAAAGCCACACCGGCGCCGUCUACUCCAGCUGUUGUUGAUACGCCUGAGAAGCCCCCAGUGGAAUCGAAACUAGCGUCUCUGUCACUGCGGGAAAGACUUGCCGGCAGUGGUAAGACGCAGAAGCCAUCGGAUGCUAGGCAGCCUCUUCGUACAUUGGGAAGAGGGGCACGUCUGGAAAAGCCGGUAACCGAGAAGAAGCCGUCACCCGAGCCGAGCAAGCCCCAAAGCCCAGAGGUGACGGAAGUUCAGUCGGCAAAAGAGCCAUUGGCCCACGAACUGGAACAGGAGCAGCCCAAGGUCGACAUCCGUGCACCGCCGUCUACAUUUGCCAGCAUCAUUGUUGGGAACGCUACGCGGUCGGGGUCUACCAAGCCUAGCCACUUGCAUUCGAAUACUGUUGAUCUUAUGAAGAUUUACGGACAAGAUCUCACUGAGCCCUUUGACUUUGCAGGACCUAGCCCGGAUGAUGUCGUUCUCAAUGCACAGAGCUCAGCUAAAGGCUUCAAGUCGAAACAACCUGCGUCAAAGUCGGCGGGCGACAAGAAGAAUCAAGGUGACCUGGCGGGUGGUUUGAGUAACUUGAGUGUGGAGGAAAAGGUGAAUGUCAAGAGCAAGAACCUGGAUGUUUUGUCCGAGUACAGUAAAGCUCAGCGCAAAAGAGCGAUGAAUUUCGCGGUCAUCGGUCAUGUCGAUGCUGGAAAAAGCACGCUCAUGGGCCGUUUGCUUGCGGAUCUGAAAGCCAUUGAUCAGCGAACGCUGGAAAAGUACCAGCGGGAAGCUGAGAAGAUCGGAAAGGGGUCUUUUGCUCUCGCCUGGGUACUUGAUCAGGGCACGGAGGAGAGAGCGCGCGGUGUCACCAUCGACAUUGCUACGAAUAAAUUUGAGACGGCCAAGACGGUCUUCACGAUCGUGGAUGCCCCCGGUCACCGGGACUUUGUGCCAAACAUGAUUGCGGGGGCCAGCCAGGCAGAUUUUGCCGUGCUUGUCAUUGAUUCGAGCACUGGGAAUUUCGAAUCCGGACUGAGGGGCCAGACCAAGGAGCAUGCCCUGUUGGUGCGGAGUAUGGGAGUUCAACGGAUCAUCAUCGCCGUAAACAAGAUGGACGCGGUGGACUGGAGUCGGGAUCGGUUUGAGGAGAUCGAACAGCAGAUCUCCUCGUUCCUGACGACUGCUGGGUUCCAGGCGAAGAAUAUUGCCUUUGUUCCCUGCUCGGGCUUUCGAGGGGACAAUGUCACUGGACGCAGUGAGGAUCCCAAUGCCUCAUGGUACACGGGUCCGACACUGAUCGACGAAUUGGAGGCGGCCGAGCCGUCCAGCUAUGCGCUUGACAAGCCUUUGCGGAUGACGAUUGGCGACGUCUUCCGUGGCAGUGUGCAGAAUCCUCUUUCUAUUUCUGGACGAAUCGAUGCCGGUAGUUUGCAGAUAGGCGAUCAGAUUCUGACCAUGCCGAGCGGUGAGACAGCCACCAUUCGGAGCCUGGAAGUCGAUGGCGAACCCAGCGACUGGGCUGUAGCCGGCCAGAACGUGGUUCUGAACCUGGCCAACAUCGAUCCCAUCCAUCUUCGAUCUGGCGAUGUGAUCUGCCGGGCAUUAGCCCCCAUUGCUAAUGUCACGUCCUUCACGGCCAAGGUGCUCGCAUUCGAGCACCUGAUGCCCAGCAUGGUUGAUAUUCAUCGUGGACGUCUCCAUGUCCCCGGACGCAUCAGCCGAUUAGUCGCAACACUCGACAAGGGAUCAGGCGCCGUGAUCAAGAAGAAGCCCAAGAUCGUUGCGCCUGGCACUGUGGCGCGAGUGGUGGUGGAGAUGGACCAGGCUGUGCCACUUGAGGCACCUACGAGGAUUGUCCUACGUUCUGGAGGCGAGACGGUCGCCGCUGGGUUGCUGGAAUAG